ACUGCAUGGGGAGAAAGUCCAGAACCGUGCCUGGCACAUGGCUCGUGGAGGAGUUCAUGCUCUUGGCCAACAUGGCAGUGGCCCACAAGAUCCACCGCGCCUUCCCCGAGCAGGCCCUGCUGCGCCGGCACCCCCCACCCCAGACAAGGAUGCUCAAUGACCUGGUGGAAUUCUGCGACCAGAUGGGGCUGCCCGUGGACUUCAGCUCCGCAGGAGCCCUCAAUAAAAGCCUGACCCAAACAUUUGGAGAUGACAAGUACUCACUGGCCCGGAAGGAGGUGCUCACCAACAUGUGCUCCCGGCCCAUGCAGGCUAUAGGGAGCAACUAGACAUGGUGCCCGAUA